ACUAUUGUGCAGAGGCGAACCCUAAAAGCUGUAACACCGUCAUCUGGCGCUUCAGCUUCACGCAGGCGAUUCAAACAGAUACAAAGAUGUGUCAGGUUUCUGCAGGCACAGUGACUCUGGAUUUGUUACGACGAGCCAGAGAGACGGUGAUGAGCAGCCCGCUGGGUGUCAUCAGAACUCCCAUGAUCCCCUGGAGUCAAACCACCCUUCCUCUGACUAUCAGCUGCAACAUCCAAAUCAAACUGGAGAACAUGCAGAGAACCGGGUCCUUUAAAAUCAGGGGGGUGGCCAAUCAGUUUGCCAGGAGACCUGAGGGUGGCCAUUUUGUCACCAUGUCUGCUGGAAAUUAUGGGAAGUCUUUUGCUUAUGCCUCAAAGCACUAUGGGACAAAGGGAAAGGUGGUUAUGCCAGAAACUGCCCCAGAGUCUAGAUCCAUUCUUAUUCAGAGUUUCGGAGUGGAGGUGGAGCGAGUUCCUACGUCCUUUUUGAUGAACGUGGUGAAUCGCUGCGUGCAGGAAGAAAACAUGACCUUUCUGCACUCCUACGAUGACCUGGACCUGAUAGCCGGACAUGCCAGCCUAGGCUUUGAGGUGCUGGAGGUGGUGCCAGAGCCUGACAUUGUGGUGGUCUGCUGUGGGGGAGGAGGCCUGCUGGCUGGGAUAGCUGCUGCCAUCAAACUGUCAGGUUGUCAUAAAACCAGGAUCUAUGGCGUGGAACCAGAAGGAGCCUGCACCAUGUACCGAAGCUUUAAGGAGAACAAGCCAGUGGGGAUGGACGCCAAGAGCAUCGCCUCUGGUCUCGCACCUCCUUUUGCAGGCAAGCUGCCUUUUGAGCUGUGCCAGCGCUACGUGGAUGGAAUCGUCCUGGUGAUGGAUGAGGAAAUCAAGGCGGCGGUUUCUACUCUCUACAGAGCUGGGCUCGUAGUAGAACCAUCAGGUUCUGCAGCCUUUGCUGCUCUCGUUACCAACAAGAUUCCCAACCUGGAGGGGAAGAAUGUUGUGUGCAUCCUCAGCGGAGGGAAUAUUGGAAAAGAUGAGCUCGCAAACUUCCCUGAUUAAAAAUUUGCUUUUCUAUUCAGCAGUUUAAAUUUUACUUUACUUUUGAUUUUCUGUAGAUUGACAUGAUUAAUUUAGUUAAGUUCAGUUUAUUUAUAUAGCGCCAAAUCAUGAGAAGCAUCAUCUCAAGGCACUAAGUAAACAUUCCAAUUGAGUUUAGUUCACUAUGCCAAUUAGUUAAACGUUUCCUAUUUAAGGAGCCCAGCAGAGACUACAGUAAUCCUCAUACUAAGCAAGCAUGUACUGACAGUGGAGAGGAAAAUCUGCUAACAGGAAGAAACCCAACAGAACUUGAAUCAGAUGGCUGCGGCUCACACACACACACACACACACACACACACAAUAAAUACCAAGUAGUGUUUCUAUGGCUGUGUAGCGUUAUGAAUAUGCCAUUUCUGCCCUUAACAGCUGCCCUUUGACACAGUGACAGUGUGCACAAAUUGCCACGGUUGUGCGCCUGUUCCUGGUGUUUACAUUCCAGCAAAGAAGACAGAAGAAGGACGAAGAAUGCUUUUCAUUAGUUAAUUAAAGAACUUUAUUUCUAAUAAAGCUAAUCAAAAUAACUGUUGGUCAAUAAUAAUCAAGUGACCGAUCUGUAAAAUCACAAUGUUAUGAUUAUGUGUUUAAUGAAUAACAGGACCAACUGAGCUAGACAUUCUGAUCCACAUAAGAUAAAAACAUGACACAUUGAUCCCUCAUCCAAUCAGAACUUCUUUUCUGUUGCGGGGCAGAGUCUGUGUUGUUUAGUUAAUCUGUUCACUCCAAUUGGCUAAGAUUCAUAAACAACUAAGCUUAAUAAAACAGAACAACACCAUUUUAAUUUAGUUCCAUCAGAGUUCCAUCGCAGUUCGAACGAAGCUCUUCAACGUAGUUCAACUUGGUUCAACGCAGUUCCAACCAAGUACUCGACCAGCUCUUAAAUCCAUCAUCGCUAAGUAAAGUACAGACUGGCCAGCUGUAUUUUCUACUUUUAAGCUGAGAACUGUCAAGCUGGAAAAUUCUGUCGUUUAUCAACAAGACGACGGUUCCUUCAGAAUAAAAGCUGAACUCUCUACGUGACGCUGACACCUGCCGUUGCUACCGGGAUUCGAUCCGUAGACUGGUUUGUCGUGCUGCAGACGCUGUGCUAUCAGUUCCAGCACCAAAGGAGGGUCCGAGGACCCGGCAUUCCGGAUCAUACACGGGAGUCUCCGAAGGUACGUAGUUCGGCAUAGAUGGCGUUUCAUGUCUCUUCCUCCUGAAGUCCCUCGUGGUUAGUUAGUCAAAACAACAUCUUACACCCAGACUCGCUGCAUCAGAUGGAGAUUCUGAACUGACACACACACCAACACUUCAGCAUCCAUAUGCAUCCAUCAUAUAGAGUUAGUCCUGGUGAUUGUUUCGAAUAAUUAUAAAAAUAAAUAUUCUUAACGUCCCAUAUUUCUCUUUUCUUGUCUCUAAGUCAAUACAAAGUGUUUGAAUAAAAUUCCCUGUGGUAAAAACAACCUCUUCUGAUUCUAAGGUAAGAUUAAUCUCGGGACC